GUCACAGUCAAGUGGAUCACAGUAAACAUGUAUACUCUCCUCAAAUGAUUCACUCUAUAAAAGUGACAACAACAAACCACACCAGAUGGUUCUGUAUCUUUUUUAUCGUGUAAAGGCUACAAGAAGGAGCUCUUAGACUUUCAUAGACAGACAAAUGCUGAAGUCUGUAUAGACACCUUGUGCUGAACGGUACCCUCCACCGCCUGGUCGAGAGCCUCGAACGUGGAGGACUGACUGGACGUUGUUCCUUCACGCCAAAAUAAUAAUAAAAAGAACUAUAAUAAUGCUAGAAUAAAGGAAGAGGAAGGGAAACUAAGAUAACAAAUAAGGGGAGAAAAAAGGAAAGACAAUACAAAUGUAUGAGAACGUAUAUAGGUUCGUUUACAUUUUUUGUCGUGUGUUUGCGUGUGUUUGCGUGUGCUUGCGUGAGCCGUUCUUUCCGGGGGCCACUUAACACACCCGCCCCGGCGCAGUCUGUUGGCUAACUUAAUUCCGGGGAGGGAGUGCCAAAAAUGACAUUAUAAUCCCUGUUUGCAUAAUGAUGAAGGGGGCACUUUAAGAUGGGAUCCCUGGCUGUUAGUGUAGUAACGAGGGCUGUUAGUGUAGUAACGAGGGCUGUUAGUGUAGUAACGAGGGCUGUUAGUGUAGUAACGAGGGCUGUUAGUGUAGUAACGAGGGCUGCUGGUGUAGUAACGAGGGCUGUUGGUGUAGAAACGAGGGCUGUUAGUGUAGUAACGAGGGCUGUUAGUGUAGUAACGAGGGCUGCUGGUGUAGUAACGAGGGCUGUUGGUGUAGUAACGAGGGCUGUUAGUGUAGUAACGAGGGCUGUUAGUGUAGUAACGAGGGCUGUUAGUGUAGUAACGAGGGCUGUUAGUGUAGUAACGAGGGCUGUUAGUGUAGUAACGAGGGCUGUUAGUGUAGUAACGAGGGCUGUUGGAGUAGUAACGAGGGCUGUUAGUGUAGUAACGAGGGCUGUUAGUGUAGUAACGAGGGCUGUUAGUGUAGUAACGAGGGCUGUUGGAGUAGUAACGAGGGCUGUUGGAGUAGUAACGAGGGCUGUUAGUGUAGUAACGAGGGCUGUUAGUGUAGUAACGAGGGCUGUUAGUGUAGUAACGAGGGCUGUUAGUGUAGUAACGAGGGCUGUUAGUGUAGUAACGAGGGCUGUUGGAGUAGUAACGAGGGCUGUUAGUGUAGUAACGAGGGCUGUUAGUGUAGUAACGAGGGCUGUUGGAGUAGUAACGAGGGCUGUUAGUGUAGUAACGAGGGCUGUUAGUGUAGUAACGAGGGCUGUUAGUGUAGUAACGAGGGCUGUUAGUGUUGUAACGAGGGCUGUUGGUGUAACAAGGGUUGUUAGUGUUGUAACGAGGGCUGUUGGUGUAACAAGGGUUGUUAGUGUAGUAACGAGGGCUGUUAGUGUAGUAACGGGGGCUGUUAGUGUAGUAACGAGGGAUGUUAGUGUAGUAACGAGGGCUGUUAGUGUAGUAACGAGGGCUGUUGGAGUAGUAACGAGGGCUGUUGGUGUAACGUUGGCUGUUGGUGUAGUAACGAGGGCUGUUAGUGUAGUAACGAGCGCUGUUAGUGUUGUAACGAGGGCUGUUGGUGUAGUAACGAGGGCUGUUAGUGUAGUAACGAGGGCUGUUAGUGUAGUAACGAGGGCUGUUGGUGUAGUAACGAGGGCUGUUGGUGUAGUAACGAGGGCUGUUAGUGUAGUAACGAGGGCUGUUAGUGUAGUAACGAGGGCUGUUAGUGUAGUAACGAGGGCUGUUGGUGUAGUAACGAGGGCUGUUGGUGUAGUAACGAGGGCUGUUAGUGUAGUAACGAGGGCUGUUAGUGUAGUAACGAGGGCUGUUGGUGUAGUAACGAGCGCUGUUGGUGUAGUAACGAGGGCUGUUAGUGUAGUAACGAGGGCUGUUGGUGUAGUAACGAGGGCUGUUAGUGUAGUAACGAGGGCUGUUAGUGUAGUAACGAGGGCUGUUGGUGUAGUAACGAGCGCUGUUGGUGUAGUAACGAGGGCUGUUAGUGUAGUAACGAGGGCUGUUAGUGUAGUAACGAGGGCUGUUAGUGUAGUAACGAGGGCUGUUGGUGUAGUAACGAGGGCUGUUAGUGUAGUAACGAGGGCUGUUAGUGUAGUAACGAGGGCUGUUGGUGUAGUAAGGAGCGCUGUUGGUGUAGUAACGAGGGCUGUUAAUGUAGUAACGAGGGCUGUUAGUGUAGUAACGAGGGCUGUUAGUGUAGUAACGAGGGCUGUUAGUGUAGUAACGAGGGCUGUUAGUGUAGUAACGAGGGCUGUUGGUGUAGUAACGAGGGCUGUUAGUGUAGUAACGAGGGCUGUUAGUGUAGUAACGAGGGCUGUUAGUGUAGUAACGAGGGCUGUUAGUGUAGUAACGAGGGCUGUUGGUGUAGUAACGAGGGCUGUUAGUGUAGUAACGAGCGCUGUUAGUGUAGUAACGAGGGCUGUUAGUGUAGUAACGAGGGGUGUUAGUGUAGUAACGAGGGCUGUUAGUGUAGUAACAACAUACAAAGGCUAAUGGUGAGGUUUCACGGUACAGAAUAAUUAUGUGAGCACUAACGAUGCUAAAAAUGGUAAUUGGAUGAGAUGAAAGGUUUAGCAAGACACUAAAGCUGUUAAUAAGUGAGCAGCGGCUGUUGUGAAACUCGUUUAGUCCGAACGAGGCUGUUCGGCUUAUGGAGAGGACGCCAGUAAGACGCCAGUGUCGCCAGUAGACGGGGAAACCACACCUUUUUUUGGAGUCCGUUACGGGCUCACCAUAGCCCGUGCUACUUGGAACUUUUUGUUCCAGGUAGCGAAUCUUAAACAGCAACAACAACAUGCCUUUGACAGCGACCAUGUGAGCUGACGGUAACUGCUUCGUUACCUGGAUACAGAAUGAGUGUGAACUGCUGUGACGUGUUCGGAAUGAGUGUGAGCUAUGGUGACGUGUUCGGAAUGAGUGUGAACUACGGUGACGUGUUCGGAAUGAGUGUGAACUACGGUGACGUGUUCGGAAUGAGUGUGUACUACGGUUACAUAUUCGGAAUAACUGUGAACUACGGUGACGUGUCCGAAAUGCGUAGA